GCAGAUCGCGUGACAAGCGGUCACAUUCAAAGCACUUUCGGGCUUUUAGGGAACAGCACUGACCCCCCCCCAUUUAUCUCCACCCUCCCACCCCGGUUUCCGGCAGGCUCCGCCCCUUUCCUUUACCCACACCAACCCCUUCGCGCCUCAGCUUCGGUCCAUUGGAGCGCGGCGCCGCAUCUGCGAGGAUCUCGUUCCUUCUGAGGUGGGAAGAAAAAGUCCGAUCGUCAGCUGCCAGCUGCCGAAAAUGAUCUUUCAGCCGCCUUAUUACAAACCGACUGUUCCUUUUAGUGGUCCAAUUUAUGGUGGCCUGAAAGAUGGGAUUACCGUAUUAGUCGCCGGAAGUGUUUUGAAGUCCUGCAGAAGAUUCCAGGUUGACUUUCAGUGUGGCAAUUGCCAAGUGCCCAGAUCAGAUGUCGCUUUCCAUUUCAACGUCCGUUUUGAUGAGAACUGUAUUGUAUGCAAUUCACACGAAAAAGGUGGCUGGCAGGAAGAAGAAAGGAAAUAUGAUAUGGUUUUCCAAAAAGGGCAUCCUUUUGAGAUCCGGUUUCUUGUGAACAUCUCCUCCUAUGUGGUUCUCGUCGAUGGAAACCUGUAUUUGGAAUUCAAACACAGGAUCCCUCUUUCCCGGGUAGAUACCAUCGGAAUUUCCGGAGAACUAGAUGUUGUCUCGAUCAGCUUCCAAAAUCCAGUUAGCUAUCCAGGUUGUUCCAACUCAGUUUUCCCAACAUUCUCACAGCCAAGUGCCUAUCCCAUUGGACAAUGCAUUCAGCCACAAAUUUAUCCUCUCCCUUACCGAGCUACCAUCUAUGGGGGCCUUUUCCCAUCCAAAUCAAUAAUAGUCUCAGGCUCUGUGUCCCCUUCUGCUCAGAGGUUCCACAUCAAUCUGAAAGCGGGGUACGAUACUGCUUUCCAUCUCAACCCACGGUUUGAUGAGAACGUGAUUGUUCGAAACUCUAAGUUCGUGAACUGGGGCUCAGAGGAGCGACACCUGCCCUGUGGGAUGCCUCUGUUGCGUGGCCAACCCUUUACCAUCUGGAUUCAGUGUGAAGGACACUGCUUCAAGGUGGCUGUGAAUGGACAGCAUCAGUUUGCAUACAACCAUCGCAUGCAUAACCUGCCUCAGAUAAAUCUGCUUGAAGUGGAUGGUGACAUAACAUUGGCCAACAUCCAGGCUUAAGGGUCGCCAAUAGAGGUCCAUUUUUGGAUAGAUGCAGUGGUGGGAUUCAGCCGGUUCACACCAGUUUGGGAGAACUGGUAGUUAACUUUCUGAGCAGUUCGGUGAACCGGCUGUUGGAAGAAACCUCCUUCCAACAGCCUUUUGUCUUUCCCACCUUAAGGGGUUAAUCCUGGCAGGAAGGCAACAUCCAAUCUUAAAGUUGUCCAUUUUUGGAUGGAUGCGCAAUUGAUGUAAAAUGUUGAGCUUUACUACUUAAAGUUUGAAUAAAUGCUCUUUUCAAUGUUUAAGAAUCA